CGACCGGACGAGGGGCUGAAUGUUUGUCUUUAGUGGAGGGGACGUAGGGGUCAGUGAGCACGUCAUCAAAAUUGGUUUCUCGUAGUCUUCACUUCAGUUCUCGAGGGUCCCCUGGGGCCGACUUGUUGAGGCCUGCGAUUCCUCUCCCCGCUUCUGACCCGGAGCCCGGGCUCAGCCCUCACCUCCGCGCCUGCCGGCCGGUGAAGGGACGGCAAGCAGGAUGGAGUUCAAGCUGGAGGCGCACCGCAUCGUCAGCAUCUCGCUGGGCAAGAUCUACAACUCGCGGGUCCAGCGGGGUGGCAUCAAGCUGCACAAGAACCUGCUGGUCUCACUGGUGCUUCGCAGCGCCCGCCAGGUCUACCUGAGCGACCCGUGCCCUGGUCUCUACCUGGCUGGUCCCUCUGGGAGCCCACUGCAGCUGCCGUGUGGCCCCUCCGGCUGCCCCGCGGCCGGCUCGACCCCUGUGAAGAAGCCGCGCCGGGAUCUGGAGGAGCAGCCCGGCAGGGCGGAGGAAGAGGAGGAGAUGGAGACCGGGAACGUGGCUAACCUCAUUAGCAUCUUCGGUUCCAGCUUCUCAGGACUCUUACGGAAAAGCCCCGGGGGCGGCCGGGAGGAAGCUGAGGCAGAGCCGAGAGGUCCGGAAGCCGCGGAGCCCGGGCAGAUCUGCUGCGAUAAGGCGGUGCUGAGAGACAUGAGCCCUUGGAGCACAGCCAUCGUGGCCUUCUGAGCUCGGCCGCGUGGGGGCUGGAGGCUGAGCAGCGGGCGUCCCGACGCGAGGGCCGGGCUUUCGCCGGCC